UUCUUUCACCCAAUCGUUGUGUUGUGUUCUGAUGUCAUGAGGUGAGAUGAUUGUUGUGAUUCAGAGAACAUUUAAAAGGUAAAUUUCAUAUCUUCGCCAUUGCCGUGGGUGUUGCCAGCUACUCGAUAUUGUUUCAUACAUGAAUACCUAUAAGAAAAACAAACUUUGCUGCCAGGUAGGGUGAUACUCAAAAAAUGGAUCUUGUGGAAACUGAGACUCUACAGAUAAAGGAGAUACAAGAGAACUCAUUUAAUCAAAAUGAUUCUCCCUCAUCAAAUCACACUAUCCCAGAACUACUCGAUGCUGAUGGGAAAACUGAAAAUAAUUCUCAGGCGCCAUCUGAAGUGGAAUCGUCAUUAUUAUUGUCCAGGUUUGAAAUAGAUGUCAACCAAAUUGAGACGGCCACUGUAGAUGAUCAAGAUGCAGACAUACAAUCCCUGGGUCUCACAGUUUAUGACCAAAGUACACUGGAGCGUGGUAUUUGGGAUCAAGUGGAGAGAGAAACACGCAAAAGAGAAGCUCAAGAAGAACUUGUUAAUGUCUCAACAAAAUUAAAAUUAGCUGAAGAACAACUCAAAAGAGUAGAAGCUGCCAAAGGAUUUAAACGGUCAAUUCUUCAAAGUGCUCUUGAGGAACCCCUUAGAAAGAAAGCAAAUCAAAAUGUUGUUCAAAAACAUGAAGACAUCACAAAUGAGAAAGUUAAAGAACUCCAAUUGAAAAAGGCAAAAUUGCAAGCAAAAUUGAGUAGCAAGAACUCUUUGAAAAAGGAUCAUACUACAGAGGAAUCUGAAAGAGAGCGGAAAAUACGCAUGGGUGAGAUGACGCCUUUUGGAUCAUCUAUAAGUGGUCCUUCAAGUGACUUGAGCAGUUUUGAAAAGUAUUUAAAAAACCAGCAAGAGCUUCACAAAAACAUGAUGAGUAAUAUUUUGGCAAGAAAAAAAACAACUUCUAAAUCAAAAGUUUCUGAAAAGAAUUCUGAAAGAGUAAUAUUAUCAAAAAUGAAACCAUCCUCCAAAGCAAUUUUGAAGAAAAAGGUUCUUUUUCCCAAAAAGCGUGAACCUAAAGAAAAGCUUGGCACAAGUACCAGCUUUUCACAGAAUCAUCAAGAUAUAUCACCUGGAGGAGUACCUGGAGAAAAUGCUGUUAUAGACUUAGAAGAGAGUGGAAGUGAAUAUUUUCCCUCAGAGUCAGAUGAUGGUUUUGAUUCUACAAGUCCAAAGAAAGGAAAAAGUCCCUCUAAGAAUAAGAGAGAACCCUUGCCUGGACCAUCAAAAAAGAAAGACAUGUCCAAUAAGUGGUCUGGAGGAUCCCUUAAGAGACGUAAGAGAAAUGUUCAACCAGUUUCACAAGGGGAUCCUGAAGAUUGGUGCAGUGAUGACUCAGACUGGAUAUGUACGGAUGAUGAAGAGUUUAGCAGUGAUAAUGAAAGUAACCGAAGAAGGGGUAAAAGUUCCAAAAGAGGAAAGGAUGAUGGAAACAAUGAUGAUUUCCACAGAAGAGUUAAACAAUGGGAGAGCCAUAAUGAAGGACUUAGAGAUCAAAUGGAAGAAGAUGUCCAUGAAUUUGAAAAUGGAUUUAGAGUGCCUAAUAUAAUUUGGGAUAAGUUGUACAUGUAUCAACAAGUUGGAGUUCGCUGGAUGUGGGAAUUAAACCAGCAAAGAGUUGGUGGUAUCUUAGGUGAUGAGAUGGGCUUGGGGAAGACAAUUCAAAUAAUUGCAUUCCUGGCCGGACUCUCCAUCAGCAAGUUGAAAUGUCGCACAACAGGAUAUAGAGGUCUUGGGCCAACCCUAAUUGUAUGUCCUACUACUGUAAUGCACCAGUGGGUAAAGGAAUUUCACACAUGGUUUCCUCCUUUGAGAGUUGCAAUCCUUCAUGAGUCAGGGUCUUUUAUUGGUAAACGUUCUCAGCUAGUUCGAGAUAUGAUGCACCAACACGGUAUUAUAGUUACAUCAUAUACUGCAAUUGUUCGCCUCAAAGACUGUCUUCUACACCAACGCUGGCACUAUGUUAUUUUAGAUGAAGGACAUAAGAUUCGGAAUCCUGAUGCACAGGUAACUUUGGCAGUGAAGCAACUACGUACACCUCACCGUCUCAUACUUUCUGGAUCCCCUUUGCAAAAUCACUUACGUGAACUAUGGUCACUGAUGGAUUUUGUAUUUCCUGGGAAACUUGGCACUCUACCCGUUUUUAUGUCAGAGUUUGCAGUGCCCAUUAAUCAAGGCGGCUACUCUAAUGCUUCAGAAGUCAUGGUUGCCACAGCAUUCAAAUGUGCCACAGUCUUGCGUGAUACUAUUUCACCUUAUCUGCUAAGGCGAAUGAAAGCAGAUGUAAGCGAGCACAUAAAACUUCCUUCAAAAAAUGAGCAGGUGCUUUUUUGUCAACUCACAGAUGAACAAAGAGAUCUGUACAAGGGAUAUUUGCAGUGUGGAGAAGUAGGAAGAAUUUUAGAAGGAAGAUGCCAAAUAUUUGUUGGCUUAAUUAAUCUAAGGAAAAUUUGUAAUCACCCUCAUCUGUAUUCUGGAGGGCCAAAAUUGUUUGGUGAUGAGAAAGAGCAGGAUUUACGGGAGGAAGAUCGUUUUGGAUUUUGGGAGAAAGCAGGCAAGAUGAUUGUUAUAGAGGCUCUUCUUAAAAUAUGGCACAAACAGGAGCAUAGAGUUCUGAUAUUCACUCAAAGCAGACAGAUGCUUUUGAUCAUGGAAAAGUUUGUAAGUGACCAAGGUUAUCGUUAUCUAAAAAUGGAUGGUGGAACUUCCAUUGCAGCACGUCAGCCACUGAUUAAUAAAUUUAAUGAAGAUAAAUCACAUUUUGUAAUGUUAUUAACUACUAAAGUUGGUGGAUUAGGUGUCAAUCUCACAGGUGCUAACCGAGUGGUUAUUUAUGACCCCGAUUGGAAUCCAGCCACAGAUACUCAGGCUCGCGAACGUGCAUGGAGAAUAGGGCAGAAGAACUCAGUGACAGUUUAUCGGCUAAUCACAGCUGGAACUAUUGAAGAAAAAAUGUACCACAGGCAGAUAUUUAAGCAGUUCCUUUGCAAUAAGGUUCUCAAAGACCCACGCCAGCGAAGAUUUUUCAAAUCCAAUGAUCUUCUUGAACUCUUCACUUUGAAGGAAACUGAUGAUGGUAGUACUGAAACGUCAGCAAUUUUUGCUGGUACCAACUCUCAGGUGCAUGUUAAACCCAAGAUAGAUAGCCACAGAACUGUGAAAGGCAAAAACCCAUCACCACACCCCAUUAAAGAGAAAUCAAAAUCUGAAGAUUUUCCCAGUAAAAGGGGAUUAAAACACAACAAAGAAGACAAGUGUACAAAAAUAAGUUUUACUCAGGACAAACUGGAACAUAUGAAAAAGCUUGCACAUGAAUUAAGUCUGAAACUUUCUAACAAAACUUCUGUUGCGAGAACAGAUGUGGUUGUGAAAGAAACUGUAGAUCUGUCUAAUAGUACAAAAUGUGAGCAGAUUGUGGAAGACAUGCAGAGUGCAGACCCAGAAGGCGAAUCAUGUAUUGCAGCUGGCUCUGAAACUGUGGAAGAUGUGACCACAGAAUUUUCAGAGGAUAAAAUUGAAGUAAGUGCUAUUGAACAGCAGCCUACCUCAUGUAACAUAGAAGAGAAAAAUGAUGACGAAGCAGCACUUAACUCAUCAAGCCAGAAAGAUAUUUUAGCCUGUGAUUCUGAUGAUGAUCUUGAGGAAAUGAAGCAGCUUGCUCAGGAGCUGAGCAAAGAACUGUCACAUAAAGUUAAGGCUGCUGCAGUCAUUAAUUACAAAUUACCAGGAAUCAUUCCGCUUACUGGUACCAAUACUUUAUUACAAAGUGGAAGUGUUCAGAGUGAUAAAUUCCCUGAAAGUACAAAUUCGCCAGUUAAAUUUGAACCUGAAUCUAUCAAUUGUGAAAUUCAUAGCACAAUCAACUUAGAAGAAAAUUUAAAAGAGAAAUCAGAAUCUCCUUCUGAUCCUGUAGCUUCCUCAUCUGUAAGGCGAAAUUCAACACCACAUAAAACCAAUGAGAGGAAAGAAACAGAGGGAAAGGAACAGUCAGAAUCCUCUUCUAAACACACCAAAAAGAGCAAAAAGCACAAGAAACAUAAGCAUAAAUAUGCUGUAUUUGAAGGAGAAAAAGUUAGAGGCUUAGUGAGAUCAUCAGCAGUGGAGGAGAAGACUAAAGAACAACUAGCUGAAGAGGCAUCUCACAGCAAAAAGCAGGAUGAUUAUGUUCUAAGAAAGCUGUUCUCUAAAACAGGAAUUAAAACUGCUAUGCAACAUGAGAAGAUUAUGGAGUCAGGCCAUGCAGAUUAUGCUCUAGUUGAAGGUGAAGCUCGGAAGGUGGCACAAGAAGCCAUUAAAAACAUGAGAGCUUCUAGACAGAAUUGCUGGAGUGCUAUGUCUGGUCAGCCAACCUGGACUGGAGCAAGUGGAAGUAUCAGAACUUCUGAAAGAACAGAAAAUACAUCUGAAAUCUCAAGGCCAAAAUUCGGGAAAAAGAAAUCAACAAUUAAAAAGAAAGGAUCUCAAGCUUCAAGUGGACAGGAUGCUGAGGAAGAAGGGGAAGGGGGAUCUAGCUCUCUCUUAGCUCGAAUUCACGCUCGAAAUUUGCUGUUAACUGAGGAGGAUGAAGGUGCUGCCCCAAGUUUUGUUCCUGACAAUAACCGAGAACUUUUAGAUGAAAUCAGAACUUUUGUUUCAUUUGGUGCAAGUGUGGAUGGCCGUGCUACUACCGACGAAAUCGUUUCCCAGUUUCGAGAUCGACUUCCUUCUCAGUCAACUGCAUUGUUCAAACAAAUGCUAAUGCAAAUUUGUGAAUUUCAUCGGUUACCAAGUGGCCAAGGGGUCUGGAAACUCAUCCCAGAAUUUCACUGGUGAUGAGAGGGUUCCUAAACGUUCUGCAUUAUGUUGUGAUGUUAUCAAGAUACUAUUUUGAUACUUAACUUAUUAUAAAUAAUUCCGAAGUCGUAUUGCCUUUAACGGCUAUGUCCUUGUCAAAGUACCUGCCUUGUACAAAUACAUUUUUUAAGUUUUCCGUUUAGUUGGGUAAGAUUUAGUGAAGGGGUAAAUUUAUCCUCCCCUGUCAUCUUGUUGUAGGUGUUGUGUCUGCCACAGCUGCAUAAUUACUAGAUAUUUACAGUCUGUGAUCUAUUAAUAGAUGCAUUUUGUUAAUUUUUAAAUUGAUUUUCUGUGUGAGUUUGUGUAAUGUGAUGGUUUGUAUAAUUAAUAUUUUUUUUGUUUCCCAAGAUUGGAAAGCAACAUGUAAAUAAGCACAAGUUGUCUUUUCUACAAGUACAUAUUUUUAUUUUAUGAGUUUGCAGCUGGAUCCUUUUUACAGUCUAUUUACACCUGUACAAUUUAAGCAAUAACAUAAACUUUGCUUUAUACAAUUAAGAUUCUAGAUAUAUUAAUUUUAGACCUUGUAACUACAGUUGUAUUUAAAAUCACAUUUCAUCACAUUGAGUAUGUUUGCCUAUUAUGUAAAUAUACAAUGUUCCACAAUGAACAUUGCAUGGAUUGCAAACUCCCCCCCUCCCCUCCCUUCCCCUAAUGUCUGCAUGACAGUAAAAUACAUCCAUGAAAUUUUCA